CAUGCGAAGCUCGCGUCUAGUGAAUUUCGCAAGGUUUUUCCUUUACGCACUUGUGAGGUGAAAACGCGUGAAAAUGCAGAGUUCACCCAUAAAGAAGGUCAACCAUGGUGAGGUGCAGCUGCGGAAGCCACCCACGACGACGCCGGAAGAGGAGAAAGCCCUGCGCGAUCAGCUUCAUGUGGAGAUUGAGAACAAAACAAAAGCGUGCGCCUUCACGAAGCACGACUGCACUCUGCCCAGGCUCGUGGGCUUCGAGUACUGCCUGAAGCACAUCCUGCAGGAUCCCAAGGCGCCGUACAAGCAGUGCGCCUAUGCGUAUCCCAUCACCGGGAAGAAAUGCCUGCAGCCGGCGCCAAAGUACGAGUCGCGGAGGAAUAUUGCGUUCACGAACUUCUGCUUUGAGCACAGUCGUCUCAAUCAGCUGUCCAAGACGCAGAGCACCACCGGGAAGCUGAAGCAUCUGGAGACUCAGGAAUCUCUCCUCAAUGAACUCUCUCACUACGUCAAGGUCGACAAAUCGCCCUCGAUUUCCGGCCAGGAAGCCGAAGUGGACGUGACAACGCCUUGUCUGGACCCUUUCCUUGAGAUCAACAGUCAGGCUGUGAAUGAAAGAGGUCGGAAGAUCCUGGACUACGCUUCUGACAGCUCCACAGACGACGACAUGCCCACAAUCAGCAACACCUGGAGAGGCUACGAGAUGGACAACUCGGACAACGAGAGCGUGGAUUCGCAGAACGAAGAUCUGCUCAAGCACGCGAGCAUCUACACCACGGAGGAGGCCACGAUGAUCACGAAGCAGAAGCUCAUGCGACUCCAGUCGCUCUACAUCGAUCAGUUUGAGCGUCUGCAUCAUGUGCUGCGCGAGAAGCGCCGGAAGUACCUUCACUCGCUGCGCCGCGAGCGCGAGACGUAUUGCAGCAUCCACAAUCAGUCGCGUGACACGCCGCGCGAGCGUCGGCUGUACCGGAAGCUGAAGGCGCUCAACCAGUACCACAAGCGGCACGGCGUGGAGGCGGUGCUGCACCGGAAGCGACUGGAGAGGCGCAGCAAGGCGAUCGCGGGCUUGGCGCAGAAGACACCCUUCCACAAUCGCUGCACCUUCACGGAGGGCGGCGUGAAGUGCAGCGAGCGCACGGUGCCGUGCUGCAAGUUCUGCAGGAAGCACAUCCUGGAGGACAAAAAGCAGGUGCUGUUCCGGGCGUGCAGCGUGGAGAAGAGCGGCGUGGUGUGUCAGGAGCCGGUGCCGAUGAUCUACGACGACGCCACGUGCAUCCUCCACAUCGACAUGCCGCCGGCGCGGACGUACGUGCUGAAGAAAUAUGAAUCCGAGUCCGAGGACGACGAGCCGCCGGCGAAGGUGAAGGUGGAGGAGGAGAUCAAGGAGGAGGAGGAGAAGUCAGCGGAUCCCGCGGAUGAGUCGCCGCCCGUCGCGGCCGAGGAGGCCGUCGCCGAUGUCAGUCACGAGGUGGAGGUGAAGCAGGAGCCCGACGGCCUGGAGAGCAUCGUGGAGGUGAAGGAGGAAGUUGUGGAUUGAAGGCGCAAAAUUCAAUAAAUUUUAUUUCAUAUUCAGAAUCCGUUCGCGAUAAGGAGCGCGCAAAAAUAAUGGUUUAUCUAUUCAGAAAAAAAAUAAAAGGGAGGAGAGAAGACAUGGAAAACACGUGUACGGAGAUUCUCCUCAG